AUGGAUCUUACGAAAUACUUCGACCAUACUGGCACAGUUGUAGAUAUCAAAAGAUGGAACAAGAGUGAACUGCCUCCUGAAUUGAAUAAGCAUUUUCUAGAUAAGUUCAAAAGAGGAAAUAUUAGAUCAUUGGAUAUGUCAGAAAAUACAUUCCAAAAUAUACCAGAGUCAAUAUUUCGACUGGAGAGAUUGACAACUCUGUCAGCCGCUAGUAAUCAGCUAACUAAUUUACCACAUAACGUAUCUAGUUUUGAAAGUCUAUCAGAUUUAGAUCUAUCAAACAAUCAAUUUAAAAAUGUUCCUGAAUCUUUGUGUGAACUGAAGACACUAAGCAGCCUCAAUCUGAGUAAAAAUAGAUUGAAAUCAAUAACGCCUAAACUUUGCCAAUUAAAUAAUCUAAAGACGUUGCGUCUAGCAGACAAUUCGUUAACGACUUUUGAAUCAGCGGAUUGGCCUCAACUCACCGAGCUUGACUUAUCUAGGACCCAACUCACCCAUAUCCCAAAAUGUUUGAAUCAACUUGAAAUUUUGAAACUAUCGGGCAAUGCGAUAUCCGAAAUCCCAGACAGUAUUGGUUUGUGGGUGAAACUUAAACACUUGGAUAUAGAUAAAAAUGAACUCAAGUCCAUUUCACAAGAAAUAGCAAAACUUGAAAGCAUGGAGACACUAAAUGUAGAAGCUAACCAACUGACCAGUUUGCCAGUUGUGAUGAAGAAAAUAACGUCACUGAAGAACCU